AUGGCUUGCUGGUCUGCCGAGAAUGCCACCAAUGCGUACCUCCAAACCAUGAAAAUGGGAAAGAGUGCAAAAGAGCCGAACGGCGCCGCAUUCAUCUCUGCCCUGGCAGCCGGUAACAAUGCCCGUUUCACGGUAGUCGCUUGUGGCGGCCCGGCAGACUCCACUGCCCUGGCCCUGGCGGCAGCCGCCCACCAAACCGGCGGGCGCAUUGUCUGCAUACUACCCGACCAUCAAAAUCUCCGAGCCUCACAGCUAGCUCUCGGCCCAAAUGCCGCCAACAUUGAGUUUGUACACGGGGAUGCAAAGGAGCUCUUAUCAAGCCAGUACAGAGACUCGGAUUUUGUGGCCGUCGAUUGCAAACUCGAGAGCCACGAGGCCAUCAUAAGUGCCCUUCAAGAAAAAAUCGAGCGCCAUCAUCACAAAAACUGCAUUGUGUUGGGGUACAAUGCAUUUUGCAAAGAGACGUGGAGGAACAGCGGCUUUAAGACUCAGCUUCUGCCGAUAGGGGAAGGCCUGCUGCUGACGAGAAGCAAGAGUAAUUGGGUGGUGAGAGUGGAUAAAUGCACGGGGGAGGAGCAUGUUUUCCGGGUGAGAUCGUCUAUGGGGAGGCUCAUUGGAGCUUGA